UUCCUUUGUGAGUCGAAGUGGUGCACCACUAAAGCCAAAGCCGUGUAACCUCGUUAACAACAUUAAUAACUAAAAUGAUAAGUAGCUAACGAGAACACGCAUUCAUUUAAAUAAUACAUUCACGACACAGAGAAAGAUACCUUGCAAUUUGGUUGAAAGCCACAGGCUCCACCGCGUGACUAGACUGACAGGUAGCUGCUAGCAUCAGAUGCUAAGCUAACUAUUUAUUGUAGCUAACUGUCUGGAGCGGGGGAGGUGGACACUUGUCUAGCUAUCUUUACUGUCGAUAUAUUCACAUAAAAUCAUUUUCUGUUUGCAACUGUGGAAGUAUUGGAUUUCGUUAUUCAAUAGUUCUUCUUUGGACCAUUCAGCACUCAUCCCAACUGUGUGCUGAAAUGGAAAAACCCUCUCAUUUGAUUUCGAGUAUUUAGAGGAACAGGUCUCUCUGUCACCCUGGCAACGCUGGAGCCACAGGAUGGGAAGGAGCCAAAUACCGGCAUCAUGGUUGUUGCUGUAGCACCCGGCUCCGCACCUAGCCCGCGGAGCGAAGCAGUGACUAAUGAGCUUCAAGAGAUGACUCUGCAGCCCGCCUCAAACGACAUGCCUGUGCGGGACAGGAAGAAUGUCCUCCAGCUCAAACUACAGCAGAGACGCACCCGGGAGGAGCUGGUCAGCCAAGGGAUCAUGCCACCACUGAAGAGUCCGGCGGCCUUCCACGAGCAGCGGAGGAAUCUGGAGAGAGCCAGGACUGAGGACUAUCUGAAGAGGAAGAUCAGGAGUCGUCCUGAGCGCUCAGAGCUGGUCAGGAUGCACAUACUGGAGGAGACGUCAGCAGAGCCGUCUCUGCAGGCCAAGCAGCUGCAGCUGAAGAGGGCCAGGCUGGCUGAUGACCUCAAUGAUAAGAUCUCCCACAGACCUGGUCCUAUAGAGCUCAUCCACAAGAACAUCCUGCCUGUCGACCUGGACUGUCCUCUGCAGCACUCACUACUGGAUUCUCCAAAGGGUGCAGGAGAAUCCUCAUUGGACGAGGACAGCAGUGAUGCAUUUUCUCCGGAUACGCUAGCCAAUCACGACUCUCCACUGGGUCCACUCUCUCAGCUUUCCCCCUCUGACAUGCUCACUCAGAAAAAGGACAUGUCCCCCUCACAGCUAUUCCUUACCCAGGUCCCACCACCACCUCCGCUGUUAGUGAAUGGCCAAGACUCAUUGCCACCACAGAAGCUGACCAAUGGGACAGUGAUGUCGGGAGCUUCCCGCCCUGCUACUGGUCAGACCAAGUCGAAACCCAGUUUGGAGCGGCCCCCCCAGAGGCCUAAGAAGGCCAAAGACAACAAGCCCAAGGUGAAGAAGCUCAAGUACCACCAGUACAUCCCUCCGGACCAGAAGGCUGACCGGGAGCCUCCCCCUCAGCUGGACUCCACCUACACCAAGAUCCUCCACCAGCAGCAGCUGUUCCUCCAGCUGCAGAUUCUCCACCAGCAGCAGCAGCACUAUAACUACCACACCAUCCUCCCAGCACCACCCAAACCACCUGCAGAGCAACCACCUUCAACCAACCCCGCCCCUUCCCUUUUGCGCAGUGUUCCCCUGACGACCCCUGCCCCUUCCAAUCCGAAUGGGUCUAGUCGUCAGAGCCAAACCCCUGUGGGAGGGACCAAACCUUUGAUGCUACCAGCCAACCUGGAUGACUUCAAAGUUGCUGAGCUGAAACAGGAGCUGAAACUACGGUGUCUGACCGUGUCUGGCACCAAGAUGGAUCUGAUCGAGAGGCUGAGGAACUACCAGGAGCAGAACGGUUUAGAUCGAGCUGGUGUUACUGCUACUGUAACCCCUAAACCCAGCCAACCAACCCCACCGCACGCCUCAACCCAACCUGCUGGCUCCAUCAGCCCUGCCCCCCCCCAGGCCGGAACUAAUCCGCACACCCACCAUUCAGGAGAGGCAACAGGGAAGAUACCCGCUUUCUCAUUGGCUCAGAGUGCCGCUCCGGCCUGUAUUUUGAGGUUUGGCAGUACGAGCUCCUCCCCUCCAGUCUCCCCCACCCCGUCAGAACGGUCUCUGGCGGUGAUGAGCCCUGACGAGACCAGCUGUAAUGGAGACGUGUUCGGGGAGAUGGUGAGCUCUCCCCUGACCCAGCUCAGCCUGCACCCCUCUCCACAGCACCACUCCCCAGCCUCCAUCAAAGAGGAGAACCAGGGUCACUUAUCCACCUGCAGCCUCUCCCAGUCCCGUCAUUCUCCCACCGAGCUUCAGCAUGCCGCCCCACCUCAGGAGCCCCUAGCCGGGGCAACCAUGGAGGCCUCCCCCUUGGACAAGGACCAGAUGCUUCAGGAGAAGGACAAGCAGAUUGAGGAGCUGACACGCAUGCUGAGGCAGAAACAGAGGCUGGUGGAGAACCUGCGCUCCCAAUUGGAGCAGGGGAAACAGACUGGAGCAGUGAGAGAGAUGGAGGGAGUGCAGGGAGUGGUGGUGAACGGUUAUGCCCAGGAGGCCCAAACCACCCCCAUCAAAGCCUCUACCAUCCUCCAUCUCUCUCUCACCAAAACAGACACGGUGAGGGUCAAGAAGGAGGUAGACACAGAAGAAGGGAUGGAGGGAGUGGACGAGGCUCAGCCGACACAGUGCUCUCAGCAGACCCUGCUCAAACUGCAGCAGAUCCCCCGGAUACAGGUUGAACAACAGACACAACAAAUACUACAGACACAACAGCAGGCACAACAGCCACAGAUACAACUACUACAGACACACUCACAACAACAGACACAACAGCAUUCCAAACAGCUCCAGCAACAACAGACACAGCAGAUGCAGCAGCAGACGACUUCGGCCCAGUUGUUAUUCCAGCAACAGCUGAUCAUCCAGCAGAAACAGCUCCAGCUGCAGGCCAAACAGCUGCAGGACAAACAGCUGCAAGUACUGCAGAGGAAGCAGCAGAGACAGUACCAGAGACAGCAGCAGAACAAACAACCGAGUCAGACAGUCACCCCACAACAGGUCACUCCAGUCUUCAUCAGCCAACAGAAUGGCACCCAGGUCCCCGCCCAGACCUUCUCAUUGGACCUCCUCAAAUCGGGCACCACGCCCACCCUGGUCACCGACGGCAAUGGCAACCACUACCUGAUAGCACUGACCAAUAACAGUGCAGAGGGCCAAAACGGCGUGACCUCAUUGGGCAAAACCAGUGGAUCGCAACGCAUCACACUGCAGAGAUUGCAGUCAACUCCAAGUAAGCUCCCCAGCCAAUUGCCAGCUGAGAUACUGAGCCCCGAUACCCAAUCAAAACAACAGUUACAACCAGGCCCUGUCAACCAGUCUAUCAAAAAGAAGGCAGGUCUACAUCUGGAAACAAAUGGCAUAACCAAUGGGGUGCCAGAGCCCACUCAAUCUGUCUCCGCCCCGCCCAAUCUCCAUCCUUUCUUUGGCGAGGUGUCCAACUUGUCUGAAAGCCAAAGCACCCCUCCCCCCUCCCUCAAGGAGAACGGGCUGAGCAGUCAACAGAUGGACGAUCUGUUUGACAUCCUCUUGAAGAGUGGCGAAAUCUCUGGAUUCGAGCCAACCCAGACCCUUCCCUGGCCCAAAACCACUCCGACCCCCCCACCCCUCCCUCGUCCCCUCUCCACAUCUCGCCGUCCACCACCCCCCCGGAGCCCUCCCUGCCCGCUGUGCCUUCCCAGCAGCCCUCGCCAUCACCCUGCACAGGAAGUGGUCGCCUGGAGGACUUCCUAGAGAGCACCACGGGCACGCCCCUCCUGGGGGUGGAGCCUGAUGGCGGUCUGACUUUGAUUGAUGACCUCCACAGCCAAAUGCUGAGCACCCCCAGCAUCCUGGACCAUCCCCCCUCCCCGGUGGACAUGGACACUAGCGAC